ACGCCGGUUUCCAUAGCGGCCGCGCCGCCGGCCAUGGCGGCCGAGGAGGAGGACGACGUGGAGUGGGUGGUGGACACCAUCGCCGGCUUCCUGCGGGGACCCGCCUGGUCCAUCCCCAUCCUGGAGUUCAUGGAGCACAACUGCGAGGUUUUCGAUGAUGAAGAAGAAAGCAAGUUGUCUUACACAGAAAUUUAUCAGGAGUACCAAGCUCUGGUGGAGAGAUUACUAGAGGACUACCUUAAGGAAGUUGGAAUUAAUGAGGAGAAAUUUCAAGAGGCUUUUUCUUCUCCUCUUGCAAAGACCCACACCUCCCAGGCCAUUCUGCAAACAGUGUUGGCAGCAGAAGAUUUUAGACUAUUUAAAAAAAUGAUGGUACAGAAAAAUAUUGAAAUGCAACUGCAAGCAAUUCGAAUCAUCAAAGAAAGAAAUGGUGUAUUGCCUGAGUGUUUGACAGAGGGUUCUGAUGUAUUCAGUGAAAUUGAACAGGAAGAAAUGAAAAUACUCAGGGAGGUUCUAAGAAAAUCGAAGGAAGAGUAUGAACUAGAGCAAGAGAGAAAGAGGACUGAAGAAGCACGUGCUAAACUCAGAGCUCCAGACGUUACCCACAAUUUUCCAGGAGAUUCGAGAGAAGCUGUCAAAGUUAAGGAAUCCACCGAGGGAGCUGAGGAUUCUGAAGAAACCCCAAAAUUCCCACCAGAGGGAUCUCAUCAAUCUACAGAAGAAGACCCCAAACCAGUUUGCCCAGUACAAAAAGGAACUGAAAACUUACCCCAGCCCUCUUGUACCAAGGGGAAAGAAGACACUAAGAAAAGGUCUGCUGGGAAAGGUUCAGAGAACACAGUGCAAAAAGCUGGGGUGAAAGGACCUGAUUUAUCAGAAACUGAAAAGCAGCAGCUGAAGCAACGUGAGGAUUACCUAAAGAAAAAGCGAGACCUGCUGUUGGCUACAAAGAAAGAGUCAAAAAAUAAUGCACCACCACCAGCAGCAGCAAGCACUGACCAGAAAGAGGAGGAAUCCCCUCCCAAAGAGGGAAUGUCAGAAGAGAAGCAAAGGCUGCUCCAGAAGAGGAAGAUGCUUGCAGAAAAGCUAAAAGAAGAAGUAAUUAAUAAGCGGUAGUUUUAAGAGGCUCAUUGCUGACCCCAAGAACAGAAGGAUGUUUUAGAGUAUCAGUAAGUGAAGGGAUUUCCAAUCUUGCACUGGGAUUUAUAGAACUUGCAGACAAGCAGCUCAGUAGCUGGUAACUCCCUACUGCAAAGGCCACACCAUGAACACUCAUUUUCCAGAGUGCUGGAAACUCCCUGACUCUGCCCCGCAGCGAGGCCGUGCCAGCACUGCAGAGCACAGCCCUGCUCCAGCCCUGAGCCUGGAGAGCAGAGGCAGCGAUGGAGAGCUGGGAAAGGAAUUCCUGUGGCAACAGCUCCAAGCUCAACAUUUUAACUCUUCCAUUUCAACAGUGCAGAAGGUGGUUCCUUUCAUUAGCCUGUUAUAAACAAAUGGCUCUUUUCAGCUCUGCAGUGUAAUAAAGUCUGGUUUCACAAGGAA